AUGUUCAUGAAGUUGAAAUGCAAUGCCCAUCCUUUGUCUAGGGCCAACCGACGCAUGAUUUCUCGCUUGAACUUGAAGGAUUCACGCAGCCGGCGUGGCUCUGUUCUCCCAAACAACGACCGUGCAGGCUCCUCAAUUCCGAAUAUCAAAGUUCAGGAUGCUUCUGCUGGUGUGAAACAAGGUGCCGAUCUUCAAUCUGUGGACAAGGCACUUCGGGAUGCCAGUCAUGCUGCAGAUCAGAUGAAUCCACUUUGUGGACCUGCGAGAUCCGUAGCACUGUCCACAGGCAAAAAUGCAUCAGCAGCGCUAGAUGAUAUAGACAGUAUAGAGGCCACCUAUCUUCAACCAUUCAGGAUCAGGACGAUCGAAGUGAUACAUCCGUAUGCAAAAUGGCAUUGGGCGUCCUAUCUUGCGCAUCAAAAGUACGUUUUCCUCACCAUCAUUUCGGAUCGCGACAAAGCGAUACUCGAACUCUACAAGAAGUUGGGUCAAAUGUAUGGCUUCGUGAUGCAAGACGAUGCGCUUCGCCGGAUUGAUAGCUCAGCAGACCCUAGAAUGUGUUUCAUUCAGGAUUAUUUAAGGACAAACUUUUCCAAAAUAGUAGAAUUCAGUGUUAUGGCUUAUGCGGAGACUGCAGGACUAGAUAUUAUGAAGCAAUGCCUGCCAGGGACGCGCACGGACAUUCUCUCUGACAUCAUGGGAUGGACCAACAACAGUAGAGAUGAUAUUCCACGUGUGAUAUGGCUAUCCGGCCCUGCUGGAACGGGUAAAUCAGCCAUUGCUCACACGAUCGCUAGCCCGUUCAUUGGGGCGGGUGGACUCGGUUCUUGUUAUUGCUUCGACCGAAACACGGACGAUCGCCAUAAAAAAGUUUUCUCCACUAUCGCGCGCGACCUGGCUGACCGUCAUCCCGAGAUGAGACGAGCGUUAGCGGAUGCAGUCCAGAACGCAAAUGCGCUCAAGACUACAGCGGAUGUCGUACAGCAGUGGCAGAAGCUUCUCAUCGAACCGUUAGGGAAGCUUUCUGAGUCACCCGUGGGGCCUGUCAUGAUUAUUAUAGACGCACUGGACGAAAGUGGCAAGGCAGCGGAGACACGCAGCGACCUUCUGUGUAUUCUUGCCGGUAAACUUCGAGAUCCAACCAUCAUUCACAUCACGAAACUCCCUAAAACUUCCGGAUCAUCGUUACUUCUCGCUCGCUCCAUGAUAUAG